CAUGCCCCUGUGUGCGCGCUGGCUGCCGUCGCUCCCGGCCAACGCGAGGGCGGGGCUCGUCCUCCUCAAGCGGCCGUGCACCUUCGUCCUCGCCUUGCUCCUCGGCGCACUCGGCGCCCUGACGGCCUUGUUCUACGCCGUCACCAACCUGCACCCUCCCACCUGCCCCUCGAGCGACGACACGCCCCGCACCCGCCCUCGACCGACCACCCCGUCCUCCUCCUCCUCGACGCGCGCCCACCCCGCGAAACCGACCGCGUUCGACUCGCUCCACUCGCUCGUAACGGCGCCGUUCCGCCCCGCACACCGUCGUCCGCCUCCUGUGCACCGGCACGCGGGCCGCACGGCCGGCAACUACGCCGUCCACGAGCUUGACGGCGUCGUCGAGGCAGGCGAGGAGGAGGAGGAGGAGGCAGACGAGCGCGACGGCCGGUCGCGCCGCUCGCUGUCGUCGCGAGAAGGCGGCGACGAGACGUCGAGCGAGGCCGACACGCUCGUCGACGCCGAGGCGGUCGAGGCGAUGGAGGCGCGGUCGGCGACGGGCAGCGGCAAGGCCAAGGGGGUCAAGGCCGGCCUCGUCGUCCUCACCCAGGGCCUGCGGUGGAUCGCGCCGCUCGGACACGCGCACGCGCACGCCAAGAAGGACGAGCCCCCCGUCGUCGAGUCGCCCGGCGCCUACAGCCACCUCGGCUCGCCGACGCUCUCUGCGGGCGAGUCGACCUCUGCCUCGUCGACGGCGUCGUCGUCGCGCAAGGCGCCGUGCCCCAUCAAGGCGCUGCGACACCGCUCGGCGACGUGCUCGCACCCUCCUCGCCUGCCGUCGACGGCGGCGGCGCAGCCGACUCGCCGGGUCACGAGCGACGGGCGCGACUACUUCUCGCACCACUCGCCCGCCUCUCCGACGUCGUCCUCGUCGGGCGCAGCACCGUCCGUCGCCGACGUUCACGCCCACCUCGCCGCGCCCAAGAUGCGCAAGCGCGCGAGCACGUCGCUCUUCCUCCGCUCCCUCUCCCCUCGAACCCGCUCGCCCGUCACGACGCCCGAGGUGACGCCGCCUCCCUCGCCUCGCCUCAGCCCUUCCGAGCACUCGUCGUCGUCGUUUGCGGCGGCGCAAAUCACGGUGCAGCGCGUCGCAAGCCUCGACUCGUCGGCCAAGUCGGCGUGCGGGCUCAAGCGUCGCUCGCGCUCGCCAGCGCCGCAGCGCCCUCCUCCAGUCGCGAGCAGGCCGUCGUCGAACGCUGUGGUCGACAUGCAGGGCUCGAGCGGGCUCGCGCUCAGCGACGUCCUCUCGUCGAAGUUCCGUUCCUGAACUCUUGCACAUCCUCGUCCCUCUCCUCCUCGACGGCCCCUCUUCCUGUAUCCGCCUCGGACCUGUCUGUCGUUCCCCCACCCUCACCUCGAAUACCUCCUUCGCCUUUUCCUCCCUUGUCUUUACCACCGGCCUUUUUCUGCGCCUCCUUGCGCCGAGAUUCCCCUCGAGCAGUACCCGCAUUCCCCAUUCCUAGAGCUCUGAAGUCUGUCAACGCGCAACCUCGUACCAG